AUGAUGCUACAUAGCGGCAGUUUUCAGCUUUUCAUCCUCGUCGUUGUUCUAUCGACAACAGUGUUUGACAAGCAUGACUGGGCUACCCAUGCUUUUAGUAGCCAACCAAAAGCCGCGCCUUCCAAAAGCCAAACCAUCACCAAGCAAGAUGAACAACCAAAGAAUGUCAACUUUGUUGAUUGGAUAUCCGAUGCUCCCAAUGAGAUUCGGACUUGGAAAUCAUUAGAGGUAGACACGGAACAAAAUAUUCCAUCCUAUGUUCAAGGAACGCUGAUUCGAAAUGGAUGUGGAAUUUGGACCACCAAGGACGAAAUGUUUUCCUACAUUUUUGACGGUUUGGCCAAGAUUCAUUCGUAUCGCAUCACUCAGUCGACGACGACUGAGAGUAGUGAAGACGAGAAUGCCGGCGCAAGCGUCGAAUACCAAGCUCGAUUCUUGGAAGGCAUGUGGUAUAAGGCCUACAAAGAGAACCCAAAUUCCUUGCCAUUUGGAGUUGGCACAGGACCGGUAUUGGAUAUGCAUUCCAAGCAACCAAAAGCUGGUCCCAUGCGAAUAGCUGAAGCAUUGUGGAAUACAGUUACCAAGUUUGACAAUACCCCUGUCAAUAUUUGGGACUAUCAGCCUAAUCGCUCAGAAGCGAACAAACCAAUUACGGCCAUGACGGAUGCUCCGCCGCGAACCCAAGUUGAUUUGAACAGCAUGAAUACUCUGUCGUCAUCCACAAUGAACAAGUUUGCCAAGGGAGCAAAAGGUUAUGAAAUGCUCUGCACGACGCAUCCACUCUACGCCCAAGGAGAACGUUCUGCCCCGGAUACAGUCGAUACCUACAAUGUUGCCGUGGAACUUGGACUCGAUGGCCCUGUCAUCAAUUUGGUUAAAGAGAGUACACAUCUUGAUGGCAAUUCGGAGCGCGAGGUGGUUGCUAGCACCCCCUGCGAGGAUGGGGUUCCCUACUUUCAUUCCUUUGGAGUAUCCAAGAACUAUGCGGUCAUUGUGGUGCAACCACUGAGGCUCGAUGUCGACCUUUCCAGAAUGAUUGAAUUGGGCUUUCUGAGAGCAAUGGAGCAAGUGGAUCGUACCCGUGUUCUGGUAGUCGACCUAAACUCGGGAGAUCUCGUGUUGGAUCAGUCAGUGGAUGAGAAGGUAUUCUUUUAUCACAGCAUCAGUCAAGCCGAGCUUCUUGCGAAUGAUGACGGUACCAUUGUAUCACUUCGUCUAUGUGCAUACAAGGAGCCAGACCAGUUGACUGGAGAGCAUCAGUUUAUGCGACUGGAGCAAGCUAAAGAGGGAUUGGAAUGGCGAUCCAAGAUUCACAAAGGUGGCAAGUUUUGCGAUAUCAAUUGUGAUCUCAAUAGACAAACGGUUUCUGUCGAAUGGAACGAAGAUAUUCAACAAGGAUUUGAGCUGCCAGUGACCAGAUAUUCUCGAUCCUACCAUGGAAAGGACAUUUGUCCAGACACUGCUGUCUCUCCUCGUGAGCAACCACAUCCAAGAUUUGUGUAUUCGUUUGGAGCAUAUGCACUUGGUUCGCCAGAUUAUGACAAUUGGGGUCUAUUCAAGUUUGACUUGGAAGAAAACAAGAUUGCCGCAUACUUCCAGCAGGACUCGGUGUACGUCUCCGAGCCUGCGUUUGUGGCAGAUCCCAAUGGGACCGAAGAGGAUGAUGGGGUUCUUUUGACCCACGCUUACUUUGGAAAAGAACAAGAAACCAAGUUUUUGGUUUUGGAUGCCAAGACUAUGAACGUUCUUGCCACUGCACCAACUGGAAAUAGGUCUCCCUUGGAGUUUCAUGGGGCUUGGAUACCUUCCACCAAAUCGCAAUCAUUAUAA